AUGUAUGCUGUGACCGAAGUUCUUCAGACAAAGGCUACUCAGAGAGAAAUUGUAUGGGUCCUUCGGGUGACGAUUCUCGCUGUGGGGUCUGCGGGAGCCGCUAUUGCUCUCACUGUUGGUACUGUUUACGGACUCUUUAUCCUGUGUGCUGACCUAAUGUACGUCAUGCAGUUGCCACAGCUCGUCUGUGUUCUGUGGUUAAAGUGUGCUAACACAUACGGUAGUCUAACUGGCUUCAUCGUCGGACUUUUCCUCCGUGUGGCCGGCGGAGUACCGUUCCUCAGUAUUGACCCUAUGAUCGAAUACGCCAUGUACCACGAAGAAUAUGGACAGGUCUUCCCCUUCAAACCCAUUGCAAUGCUUUGUUCCCUAGGCACCAUCGUGGGCGUUUCCUAUGUGGCAGAGUUGUUUACCUGCGGGACGCUAUCGAAGAAAUUUGACGUCUUUCUUUGCUAUAACGACGAAAAUAAGUUUGAGGACGUUCCUGUUGAAAAAUAA